GUGGAGUCUUCGCUGCUACUAUACGCGGAUGACGCGAAGCUGUGGCGCACAAUUAACCUUCCGGACGAUGCCCACGCACUUCAGACGGACCUCGACCGUCUAAAUCAGUGAUCCAUAGAAAAUAACCUUCCAUUUAACGCUUCGAAAUGUCGCGUCCUUUCUACCCGCCCUUCCGCUUUUUCACCUGUAUAUUACCUGGGGGCGUCUAUCUUCCAGAUCUCUUCAGCCGAAAGAAACUUGGGUAUCAUUACCCAGACGAGUCUUUCCGUAUCCGCUUCCUGCCGGAAAGCAGCUGCUGCUGCUAACCGCAUGGUGGGAUUGCUGAAACGAGCCUUCGGUCAAAUUGACCCCAGCAAUUUCCGCCUCCUCCUUAACGCUUUUCUUCGACCCCACUUGGAGUUCGCUAUUCACGCUUGGAGCCCCUCGUUGUUGAAGGACCAACGCAUACUCGAAGCCCCACAACGUCGAGCAACCAAGCUGGUCCGAGGUCUCAAGCACCUAGAUUAUCCACAACGACUUCAGUGCCUGGGCCUCUACUCGCUUAAGUACCGAUGUCUACUGGGUGACCUGAUCCUCGUAUUCAUGAUCUUAUCCAACCCUGGACAUCCCUGUCGCCACCUACUCACACUGCAUCAAUCGGGCUCCCACCUACGUGGCCACCCACUGAGGCUCACACAUCAGCACAGUCGGCUGAACUGCAGACGACACUACUUGGCUUUGCGAAUCUGCCGACCGUGGAAUGCUCUGCCUGCCGAUUUAGUCUUGGCACCCACUGUGGCGGACUUUAAGACCCGCUUGGACUGUCAUCUGGCGGAGCUACACCGCGAUAUUCCCCAAUUUAACUGCAUUCUACUGCAAAGAAUUUCUUUCUUUUUUUCUUCCACCUACUUCCUUUCCAAAGCCGUUUCCGAGGGCGUGGUGGGGUGUCUCGCUUUGAGCCGGCGUGCAUUCUGUUUAAAUGCCACAUAAGCCCGAUGUAGAUACGGCUAACACGCGGGUCCAACCCGCUAUAAGGUUGCUUGGCCUUUCAUUAGACCCGACCCGUACUCUUUUUACCCUAUGGGUCAUGUAAAGCUCGAGCUUUUAUUCCAAUUAAAUGCAAUGUUCCAAUGUACAAUGUAGAUGCUGACUACCACGGCUCUGUACGCGAUUCCACCGACAUACUUUCAUUUCAGUCCUCACGGACGGAAACGGAGAGUGAUAACGUGGAAGCCAUGAGCUGCCAAAUAGGGGAGCAGGAAUACACGUCACUAGAUAAGACUACGUCACCGAACCUGUGUAAUGAGGCACGUAAUUUCCUGGCAUCAUGGGCUUAAUACCAACACUUCGGCUUCGGCUGUUAACAAGCUCCUUGAAGGGCUGCGUAAGUUUAUACCGUCUUUACCGAAGGAUUACCGGACGUUAAUGAAAACUCCCAGAACC